UUAACACACUUCUUAAGAAAUCAUUUUAGAAAUAUUAGGAAUGAAAAGUGGACUAUUGAGCACAAGUAAAAAAAAAACUUGGAUUUUUUUAAAAUACAUUCUCACGAAUUUUUGACAUGCGAAAUAAACCUUUGACAUUGAAAGUACAUUUUUUCAAUUGGUAAAAGUAAUUACGAACUAUAGUUAGAUUUCACUCAAUUUUCACGAACGUUUGAGAUGAGAAAUAAAAUUUUGACAUAGAGAAUAGCAUUUUUUCUUUUCCUUUGAUGAAUUUAAUUACGAACUAUAGUUAGAUUUCAAUGGAUUUUCAUGAACCUUUGAGAUGAAAAAUAAACCUUUGAAACCUUUGAGCUGGAGAAUAGAAUUUUUUCUUUUCAAUUAGUGAAUUUAAUUACAACCAUAGUUAGAUUUCAAUCUAUUUUUACGAACCUUUGAUAUGAGAAAUAAACUUUUCACGUAGAAAAUAGAUCUUUUUUUCUUUUCCUUUGAUGAAUUUAAUUACGAACUAUAGUUAGAUUUAAAUGCAUUUUCACGAACCUUUGAGAUAAAAAUCAACGUUUGAGCUAGAGAAUAGAAUUUUUUCCUUUCAAUUGAUGAAUUUAUUUACGAAAUAUAGUUAGAUUUACAUGCAUUUUCAUGAACCUUUGACAUGAAAAAUAAACCUUUGACAUAGAGAAUAGAAAAAAAUCUAUUGUGAUCAUUGGAUUUAUUUAACUUAAUCAUAUAAUUUACUAAAAAGAAAAAUAAAGAAAAAAAAUGUAUUUCUGAAUAAAUGUUUACAACGGCAGUAAAUCCUGUAAUCCAUACAAAAAAUGACUUCUCUUUCUAUUCUUUCUUAGAGGCACUUUACUUUCGAACAGUUCAUGUGAAUGUAAUAACUAUACAACGGGCACAUACUCUCAAACCCCGCUCUGUCUUGUGGCCGAUUUCUUUUCAACGACCUGCUCAAACGGUGGUACAUGUACGUACAGUAUAUCGACGAGUACAAGUACUUGUUCAUGCGUUUCGAGCUCUUGGACAGGUGUGUGGGCAUGUCUGGAAGAUAGACAAAACUUAAACUUGAUAGCCAUUAAAAAUCUUUUUCUUUUAUCUCUCUAGGAAGUUAUUGUCAAACUCGUGAGUUUAUAUGUGACUGCUAGAAUACAAUCAGACAAGCCAUUUCUUCUUCCUGUAUGUGUUCUUUUAGCUCUAUGCUCUAAUUGUAAUUAUAAUUGUGAUUAUGGUUCUUGUAAUUCACCGUCGAGCUGUUAUUGCAAUAGUGGUUCGAAUCUGUUUAGAAACUAUCUCUAAAGUGCAUGGCUAGUUACAAGUACAUCUAAAAAUGUCCUACAUAUCUUUUGAAUUGCUCAUUACCAAGGAACAUGCUGUAACUCGACAAUUACAAGUGGUCAAUGUCUGUUGCUGAGUCCGGCGAGCACAACUUCUUGGGGUGAGCAGUCCACUGAAGGCUAUCUCAAAUGUUAUUCAUUUGAAAAAAAAAUAUUAACUUUUGUCUUCACAGGUGGUGGAUUUAACAAUACUUUCUAUGGUCACGAAAAUGAUGUACUUAAUGUUUCCAGCGCAACAGGAAAAACUCUUACAGUUGCUGCAUGUUUCUAUGGUAUUGAUAGUGCCACUCCUGGAUGUGGUGGAUCGACGGUUUCGGCAAAUUGUCUCUCUAUGAAUGUUUCAUCUACAUGUCGUACACUAUGUAAUUCGAGUUAUUGCUAUUACACAAUUGACAAUGCAAAUUUUGGGACACCUGCUUUGGGCAGGUCUGGAAUUUGGUAUGGUUCAGCCUCCAUUGGUUUGGUAAUGGCGGAAGGAUGGGCACUAAUUCGUGAAAUCAAUCUUCGUUCUGAUCCAUUUACUGAAGACAGUAUUCAAGCAUUAAAAUCUAGUUAUACAAAAUUAGUCAAAUAUUCGAAUCAUCAAAGAAAAAAAAGUAUUACUGAAGAUAAUACAUUUUAUUAA